CAAUUUUAAAAUACUUGUUUUUUUUUUAACUCUAUUAAAAUUUUUUCCCUAUACUUUACAUAUAGACUCAUUAAAGCCGAUCAACAAUUUAAAAAUCACCAUUCCUUGACGUAAAAUAAGACCCAAAACAAGAGCUGAUAGAAGAAACGUGAAAAAAACUUCAACAACAUUGGUCAGGAGAUAAAGAAAAAGACUCAUUAAAGCCGAUCAACAAUUUAAAAAUCACCAUUCCUUCACGCAAAAUAAGACCCAAAACAAAGCUGAUAGAAGAAACGUGAAAAAACUUCAACAAGAUUGGUCAGGAGUCAAAGGUCAACAAGUUGAAAAUGCAUUGCGUUAUCUGCUCAGAAGAAUUUAAUUGCUUAAAAAAAUUAUUCAUGCAUUUGAAAAUUCUACAUGGUUGUGAUAAAAAAAGCAAUUUGAAAUGCUUUGACAAAUCAUGUCAACAAAUAUUUAAUGGAUUAUCUUCAUACAAAAGACAUUUAGGGGUCGUACAUGGCAGAGGUCGUAAAAAUGUUUCCUACAGAAACCGAGAUGCAAAGGGUGUGCGACGAGCUGAAACAAAACCGGGACUGGGAAAAAGUUACUAAACAAUGGAAACAAACUAUGCCAUUCAGGAGGGAUAUGAUUUCCCAAAGCUCUGACAUUGACCUCCAGACAGUCCUUCAGGAGUGGCCGCUUUACAAAUAUUCACGAGCGCCAGAACUGAUUGCCAUGGAUUACAAUUUUAUAAAACCGAAUAAUGGGCUCGACUUCACCAAAUGGGAACAAUUUUCGAAAAUAGCCCUAGAAUUGUUCACAGCGAGGAUCAAGUGCAGCGCUCUUAAAUCAUUCCUCAAUGAAUUCAGGGAGAAUAUUGACGACCUUGACAUAGAUAACGUCAAUAUUGGCUAUGCAACUCUGUUACAUGGAGUGUUGCCUCCAUCAUCGCAGCAGUUUAAUGGUAAAUUGAAGAAAUUUACAAUUGAAGAUUCAAAAUCAUCUUUCACUCUGGAAGUGGAAUGUGCAGGCCAGGUCGAACCUAUGCUAAAAAUAAAAAGGGAGGAAUGUUUAAAAUCGAAAACAAAACUUCAGCCCCUAAUAAUUGUUGUUGGUGAGAGAUUUCAUUAUAAUAAUUUUUAUGUGUCCUUGGACAAUAUUAUGUUUAAAUUAGAUACUUAUUUGGACUGCAUUAUUUUUUAUUUAAAGCUCGUUUAUGUAUUAAAUAUUCAAUACCCUCCACAGUGUUUUUCGGUAUGGGUUUUUAUACAAAUGUUUUUCUUUAAUAUUCAAGACGGUAAAAAAAUACCUUCUGUUUCAACUUUACUAAAUGAUAUAAAUGCAUUAAUUAAUUAAAUUAUAUCAAUGUAUUAUUUUGUACAGUCCAUGUUCUACAUAUACAGUACUGGACAAAAUAAAAUACGCACUAU